AUACGUGGUCUAACAAACCAGCAAAGUAUAUUCCUACUGGUUUGCGAUGUGACUGGUGCAUACCAGUAUCGUUUUCACAAUGAAUGUAGCUAGUCUAGACUAAUUAAAAAAUAUUAUUGUCAAGACAUUUUGGUCAAGGACCGUUGAGAAAUCAUCUCCCCAAACUCUCAACUUGGCUUUGGCAACUAAACCAUGUGCAGAUUAUUACAAGGGCGUUCAAGCUAUGACGUUUUAAAACCUGGACGUUGUGUGAAUUUUAUUGAUGACACAGACGUUUGCGAAGUGUUCCCUUCUGCCGCAGAUAAACUGAUGACGGAGACCUUAGCGACCUGUCUUGUGUGUGCUCGUAACUAGGCAGCUGCACAGCACUGGAAAUAGGUGACAGCGCCAGCGUGCCCGUCUUCUCCUAAACUUUUCAUUGGAAUUGGAAUCAGUGUAGCGAGUCAUAAAGUUACACCACCGCAGAAAUGGAUGCUACAACAAAACCUUUGAGAAUUCCUCCGGAAAUGUCUAUUUAUGCUGAGACACACGAGAUAUUUGAUUUGGUGCAGUUGAUGGUGACAAACCUACUGGUUGACAAGCCAGAGGACCCCUUACAGUACUUGAUUGACUAUCUGAAGAGGGACAGUUUAGAAGUUCCCAGGGUAAUGUUGCUGGGCCCACCGGCGUCUGGGAAAAGAACCAUUGCCAGACAGCUGUGUGAACAGACCCGCGCCGUCCACGUCACCGCCAGCAGCGUCCUGAAGGAGGACACAGAGCUGGCCAGGAGGACACAGCAACACGGAGACCAGAAACAGGAAAUCCCCAGUGAGCAGUGGAUUAGGCUGAUCCAGCAGCGCCUGUCAAAAACGGACUGCGUCCAACAGGGAUGGGUGCUGGAGGGGAUACCCCGAAAUCGGCAGGAGGCGCUGCUUCUGCAGGAGCUUGGCAUCGCCCCGGAUCACGUAGUGGUGCUGGAGGCUCCAGAUGCAGUCCUUAUCCACAGAAGUCUCGGCAAGAGGGUAGACCCUGUCACAGGAGACGUGUACCACACCACGUUCAGGUGGCCGAGGGACGACGAGGUGGGGCGGCGUCUGGUGCGGGGGGAGGUCCUGUCGGAGGAGCAGGCGGCGGCCCGGCUGCUGCGGUACCACCGGGAGGCGCACGGGCUCCGCCGCGCCUACGAGAACCGCCUCGCGGUCGUCAACGCUGACCAGCACCACGACGACGUUUACGCGCAGGUGCUGACCCAUGUGCUCCGCCGGCCCCGCUCCGCGGCCCCCCACACCCCCAGGGUCCUGCUCCUCGGGCCCCCGGCCAGCGGGAAGAGCCUGCUGGCAGAGAGGAUCGCUCAGAAGUACGACAUCGUCAACGUACCCGACAGCACGGUGCUCCAGAUUCUGACCCAGCGGCUCAGCAGGCUGGACUGUACCACGCGCGGUUGGGUGCUGCACGGAUUCCCCCGCAACGCGGAACAGGCCAAGAAGCUCCAGGAGUCCAAGUUCAUCCCGUCCAGGGUCUUCUUCCUGGAGGUGAUGGACGCCGUGGCGCUGGAGCGCGUCGCUCUGAGGGCCGUGGACUCUGUCACCGGGGAGAGGUACCACUCCCUGUACAAACCAGCCCCCAGUCCAGAGGUGCAGGCCCGGCUCCGGCAGAGCCCCCUGGACUCGGAGGCUCUGGUUCAGGCCCGGCUGAACGAGUACUGGGACCACAUGCCGGCCCUGCAGGCUGUGUACCCCGACGCCGUCUACAUCAGCGGCGAGCAGGACCCCCACACAGUCCUGGAGUCCCUGGAGAGCCGGCUGGUGGGCCAGCUCCCCAAGCGCCUGUCAUCCCCAGAGCAGUGGUGAUGGAGAACACGCGGGGGAGAAAACCUACAGAAUGAACACACACACACUCUCACUCUCACAUGCGCACACACACUCUCACAUGCACGCACACUCUCACGCGCACGUACACACACUCACACACACACACACAUUAUUAUGUAUGUCUUCUUUUUUUUUACAAAGUGAAAGUGAAAUAUUAUGUGUAUCUUUGAAAAAUCACAAUUAAGCAUCUAACCCGAAACUCUUCUAUCAUUUGACUGUACCGAUGUUUACCGUUUAUGGAUGACAGCACGCAGAAAGGCAUUCGGUCUCCAGCGCCUCCGACCGAGCGAAUUCGCAGGCUCACAUUCUAUUUUCCUAAUCACAGUAUCGAGUGGACCGUCUUUCAGUGGCCCUGUCCGGCUUCGUUUAAUCAUGGCGCCGGUGGCAAUUCAUACGGCCGUCCCCCGAACACGGACGGGAGCGAGCAGGAGCGCGCGGAACGCCGUUCAGAGCGCGCGUCGAGUCGCGGAGCCCGGCGGCGGUAACCGAGCGACCGCUCGCCCGUAUGCCGGCUCGCUCCGGCGGCGCGGCGCGGCGAGCAGGGGCCCCCGCGUAAUCGUGAGUUUGUUUAAUUAAUGUAGCAGUAAAAUGCAGCCUGUUCCGGCACCGAGCCCGAGGAGGGGUGUUAGUUCCGCUCCGCCGCCCGCGGCCCGCGGGAAGCAGGGCGCCGCCGCCAUAAUCGACGGCCCGCGCCUCUGCGCCGCCUCCCCCCCGCCCCGCUCGCCCCCCCGGUCACCGGUCGCCUCCCGCCGCGGCUCGCUUUAACAACCCCACACCGACACGCCUGCCUGGCGGCACGCCGGUUUAAUUACCGCAGAUGAAGUCUGGGGUAUGAAUCUCCUCUGAAUACUCCACACGAGGGGGGGGUGGGGGUUGCAUG